AUGGCCUUUUAUCUUCACUUUUUUUUUAUUUUAUUCACAUUUAUCUCUUUAGAUUUUGUUAUCUCAAAAACACACCUUAAAAUUGAUUAUUACAAGAACUCAUGCCCAGACUUUCAAAAAAUCAUCAGAGAAACUAUAACAUCUAAGCAAGUUCAAAGCCCCACCACCGCAGCUGGCACCCUCCGUUUAUUUUUCCAUGAUUGCUUCGUCGAAGGUUGUGAUGCCUCCGUCCUCGUCGCUACUAAUCCUUUCAACCAUGCUGAACGUGAAGCUGAUAUCAACCAUUCUCUUCCAGGUGAUGCUUAUGACGUUAUUGUUCGUGCCAAGACUGCCCUCGAGCUCUCUUGUCCAAGUGUUGUCUCGUGUUCAGACAUUCUUGCACAAGCUACUCGUGAUCUUAUCACCAUGGUGGGUGGGCCCUUUUACCAUGUCCUCCUUGGUCGUAAAGAUGGGUUUAUCUCACAUUCCACUCGCGUUGGGAAUAAUAUACCUCAUGUUAACAUGACUAUGGAUCAAUUAAUCGAAGUAUUUGCAUCAAAGGGUUUCACGAUUCAAGAAAUGGUAGCAUUGAGCGGUGGCCACACAAUUGGCUUCUCUCACUGCAAAGAAUUUACUGAUAGACUAUUUGCCUUUAGCAAAUCUACACCGACCGAUCCUGAAAUCAAUCCCAAAUUUGCUGCAGCUUUAAAAGCUAUGUGUGCCAACUAUACCACCAGUCCAACCACUGCAGCUUUUAACGACGUGAUAACGCCGGGCAAAUUUGACAAUAUGUAUUUUAAGAACUUGGGCAGAGGAUUGGGAUUAUUAGCAACUGAUCAUAUGCUCAUUAAAGAUAUACGAACAAAAUCUUUGGUGCAAUUAUAUGCUGUCAAUCAGACAAUCUUCUUUAAUGAUUUUGCACGUGCAAUGGAGAAGCUCAGUCGAGUUGGUAUAAAGACUGGACGUCGAGGAGAGGUGAGACGUCGUUGUGAUGCAUUUAACGAAAUUCAAACAUAA